AUGACAGACGGUCCUUUUUCCGGGGUAGGUCAGGUGCCUUUCCCCAAAUCCCGGGGUGUCACUGCAUGCGAGAAAUGCCGCAUCCGAAAAACCAGAUGCGACAAUCGGCGGCCAACAUGUGGCUUUUGCCUCAAGCGCCGUUUGACUUGCGUCUAUCCAGCAGAUGAGGAUACAGGCUCGGUUACUGGAGCGGAAAUCCUGCAGGCUAUUCACCACUUGACCAAAAUAGUCGAGAAUCAGCAAUCCUCGGAACUAUCGCCUGCACAUACAGUCGACUCUAUGUCAUCAUCGGCGCGUCAGCCGACUCUUGACAAUUGGGCUGUACCACAGAAUGUUAUUGUGCGGCCACAAGGUGUUGAGUCAAUACUCAGCUGGAAGAUAUUCGCCGCAGAUCGACCAGCCUCUUGCUUAUUCGCUCAGAGCACUCCCCCAAGUCUGGGCAAUUACUCGGUGCCAGACACAAGCUAUCCUCAGCUCUCGUGGCUCGAGACCAAGUAUAUCGAAGUUCUUCAUAUCAAGAAUCCCAUCAUAGAUCUUGACGAGCUGCAUCAUAUGAUGAUACAUGUCGCUGAGCAUGGGUUUGACUGGUCUACCAGCGCCUGUCUCGUGGCUUUGGUAUGUGCCAAUGCGGCCAUAACAGACUCUCAUACCGAGCUCUCCAGCAGUCCCGAGGUAACGCCUGGGAAGAAGGCGGAGCUGGAACUAUCGAUGCAGUUCUGGAGCGUGGCUGUAAAGCGUCUUGGCUAUGCAUCAGCUCAGAACACUUUGCAGGCUGUCCAAUGCUUGUGCCUGGCGGGAAUAUGGUACAUGCAUCGCCUAGAGCCCCUGGAAGCCUGGAAGCACUUCAAUCUAGCCGGUGCGGCCUGGCAUACCCUUAGCUUGACACACGGGGAACUGUGGAGUCAUGUUGAAGUUGAAGGAUGCUCCAACGAGUUCACCCUCAUGCAGGCUCUGUGCUUUACCAUCUGGAAGUCUGAUUGUGAGCUAAGGCUAGAACUCCCACUGCCGACUCCACCGAUCCUCGAUAAUGCCUAUCUCCCCCUGGCGUUUCCCCAGCCUCCAGAUUUCGGCUCACACCCCGAUGCGAGUGACAAGGAGCGAAGUUGGUAUUACUACCUCAGCGAAAUUGCCGCGCGACAUGUUAUCAAUCGACUUGCGCAAAUGAACUCGGAAGCGCCCGAAUUUCCAACCGAGAAGCACGUGCGGCAAAUGAUUUCUCAAGCCGAGUUGAUGCAGUCACAAAUAUCGGACUGGUAUUCAUCUCUACCGCCAAUCUUCUACUUCGACACUCCUCAAGGCUAUGUGGCGGACUUUGUUGCCGAUCCCAUGGUCUUUAUUCUGCGACACAGAUACAUGUCUCUCUGUGAGCUUGUUUCACGGCCAUUCGUUAGACUUUGCGUGGACCAGUUGGUGGACGAGAUAGAUGCUUCGCUACAUGGUACGAUUGCCUCAUACGCAUCCCAAUGUGUGCGAUUUUGCAUCCUGAAACUUGAUCAAGUCGCAGGACAUCGACAUCAGGGGACUUGGUACGGUAUUCGAGUGGCGACGAGCGCUUCUCUUAUCUUGGCAGCGGUUGACAAAGCACAACGCCAGGCACAGGAGGGUGAGGCUUUUCGCCUUGUGCAGAGUGUGACUUUGCCUGAGACUUGGAAAGACGCAGUCACACAGGGUGCAGCAUCAAGAAUGACCCCUGAUGACGUUUACAACGAUUUUGACGUUGAACAUGUCAUCAAAAACGCAUCUGUCUCUGACAAGAUAUCUCUGCUCUCUGGCCGAGACUUUUGGCACACGAACCCUCUCCCAGCAUUCAACGUUCCAUCUGUGCGUGUCAGCGACGGACCAAAUGGCGUACGAGGAACUAAAUUCGUCAACGGCGUACCAGCAGCAUGCUUGCCUUGCGGUACCGGUCUAGCAGCCACCUGGGAUCAGGAUCUGCUAUACAAGGCAGGCAUACUGAUAGGCAAUGAGUGCAUAGCAAAAGGCGCCCACUGCUGGCUCGGUCCUACUGUUUGUAUUCAACGCUCCCCUCUCGGUGGCCGCGGCUUUGAGUCAAUGGCAGAGGACCCUUAUGCAACAGGCAAACUAGCUGCUGCAUACAUCAAAGGCGUACAGUCCACGGGUGUUGUGUCGGUUAUCAAGCACUGGCUUGCGAAUGAUCAAGAACACGAACGAGUUGGCGUCAACGUUAUUGCCAGUGAGCGCGCGUUGCGAGAGGUUCAUAUGCUUCCUUUCCAAAUCGCACUUAGUGAUGCGGCACCUGGCGGUGUUAUGGCUUGCUACAAUAAAGUCAAUGGCAAACAUGUUUCAGAGAACCGGGAUUUCCUCGACUCUUUGCUCCGCGAGGAGUGGCAGUGGAAGGGUCUGAUCAUGAGCGAUUGGUUCGGGACUUAUUCUACAACCGAGGCCAUCAAUGCAGGACUGGAUCUCGAGAUGCCAGGACCAACGAGGCAACGCGGCCAGCUUCUCGACCUUGCCGUGUCGACCCGAAAGGUAUCUCGGUCAACCAUAGAUACUCGAGCGCGGAAUGUCCUCGAAUUCGUCCAAAGAUGCACAAAUGCUCCUGUUGCUGCUGAAGAAGGAGGACGCGACUUUCCUGAAGACAGGCAGCUCAAUCGAAAGCUCGCCGGUGACAGCGUUGUCUUGUUAAAGAAUGAAAGUAGCCAACUACCCCUCAAGCGACCUUUCAAAAGCGUUGCUUUGAUCGGACCAAAUAUGAAGAGCACUUCAUUCUGUGGAGGCGGCUCUGCCCAUCUUCAGCCUUACUACACUAUUUCUCCCUACGAAGGGAUCGUGGCCCAACUACCGCCUGAUGUCGAGGUACGAUACGAAGUCGGUGCUUCAGCAAGUGGGUGGAAUCCUCUCCUACAGGGCGAUAUGAUCACCACGCCAGAGGGAUCACCGGGUAUGCGAAUGCGCUUCUACAGUCAAGGCCCCAGUGUACCUGACCGCGAGAUCAUCGACCAGAGCCAUCUGCCUGAUUCCUCUUGGCUACUCAUGGGCUACUCGCAUCCGAAGCUAGACAAGCUCUUCUACGCAACUGUAGAAGGCGAUCUCGUCAUUCAGGAAACAGGACUGUUUGAAUUUGGCCUCGCAGUCUAUGGCUCUGCGCGACUCUAUGUCGAUGGUCAGCUCUUGAUAGAUAAUAGUCUUGUCCAGCGAGGCGGGACAUUCUUCUUCGGCAAAGGAACUGUUGAGGAAAAGGGUAAAAUGCACCUUGUUCAGGGCCAGAAGUACCGCAUUACAGUCGAGUAUGAGAGCGCACCAUCUUCUAAGCUCGUCAAGCCAGGCGUGGUCAACUUUGGCGGUGGAGCGGGAAGAGUUGGUCUAGCUAGUGCAGUUGACCCUGAAAUCGGUAUCCAGAAAGCCGUCUCAGCAGCGCUACAGUCCGAUGUGACCAUAUUGUGUGUUGGGAUGACGAGGGAUCAAGAAUCGGAAGGCUUUGACAGGCCACACAUGGAUCUACCUGGAUCACUUCCUCGGCUUGCGUCGGCCGUCUUGGCAGCGGUUCCAGACGCUAUCGUUGUGACGCAGAGCGGCACUCCAUUCAACAUGCUCUGGGCUGAGACGGCCAAGACCCAUUUACAUGCUUGGCUAGCUGGAAACGAGACUGGAAACGGUAUUGCUGAUGUUUUGUUUGGCACAACCUGCCCUAGUGGGAAACUCCCGCUUUCCUUUCCACGCCGCCUACAAGAUACGCCGGCCUUUUUGAACUUUGGUAGCGAGAGGGGACGUGUUAUCUAUGGUGAGGACAUUUAUGUUGGGUACCGGUAUUAUGAAAAGGUCGAUCGAGACGUGCUAUAUCCUUUUGGCCACGGUCUAUCUUACACCACGUUUACCUACGACAAGCUGAACGUUGUGUCCUCGCACGUGAGCUUCGAAAUCACCAACUCUGGUUCCGUGGCUGGAGCUGAAGUCUCUCAGCUCUACAUUGCUGCCGACGAGGCAACAUCUUCCAUCCAGAGACCUAGAAAAGAGUUGAAGGGUUUCAAUAAAACAUACCUGCAACCUGGUGAGACUCGGAGGGUAGAGAUUCCACUGGAUAGAUUCACUACGUCAUUUUGGGAUGAGGAAUUACAUUGCUGGGUGAGUGAGAGAGGUGUGUAUAGAGUAUUGGAAUCAUCGCAUGGACUUAGCUAUUUUGAAGGUGAAGAGCAACAAUAA